AUGUUGUCUACUUUUAUUAUUUUGCUGCAAGUAUGCAAGAUUCUGUCAGUGGAGUUGGACCUCAUAGACUGCGGAGUAGAUCACGCGCUGGACGUGCCCGAGGGUGACGUGGAGCUCAAGCAGUUCCCCUGGGUCGGUGUACUGUUUUACAGCUACUACGGCAUGGAAGGAGACAGUAGAUCUGUGAGUAACGUCGUGUUAAUACACAAGGAGUUUGUCGUCGCCUCCGCCGCUGACAUAGGACCUAUGCCUAAGCAUAAUUUCAGGCGAAAUUCGCGCGUUCUUCUAGGCGAGGCCUGGGACCGACCGGGUCGAAGAGUGAGGAACUAUGUACUGCAUCCAGAGUACGGGGAGACAUACAACACAUUAGCUUUGGUGCAACUUAAGGAUCCCAUCAGAGACUUAACAAUACGACCAGCGUGUCCACCUCCGAACCUGCUGAGAAAUCCUAAGUUUUACGUCAUCAAAAUGAAAGACGACGUGGAAGCACUUGAAAAAGAAGUGAUUCCUGUACUCCAUAUUCCCGGAAAAAUGUGCAAGGAGUUUUAUGUUGCCGCUAAUCUAUACAGUAAAAUGCAGCGUCCCCCCCACGUGGCGUGCGCCGUGUCGGUCGACACGAAGAGCGUGUGCGUGUGGGCAGCCGGCGCCGCCCUCGUGUCGAGGGACACCUGGGGACGAUGGCAACUGUUGGGCCUAGGCGUCCGCGGCCCCGGGUGCGGCGCACCCUCGCGCUACCUGGACAUGAUGAGCUACUACCCCUGGAUCGAGCGCAGCCUCGCCGAGUUCAACCGGGUCACCAUCUCCAAGAUCAGUAAACAGAAAUAUGUAUUGCGCUCAAGCCACGCCUACCAAAGAUUCGGCUCUUGUGAUCCAGAGGAGAAAAUUAACUUGGUGUUCAGGGAAUCUAUCGUACUGCGGACGGAUAACAGUCGGUACCAGUUUUUGACGUACAAUAUGAGUAUUUUCGAAAGUGUGGAGUACACUUGCCUGACCCUGGAGCUUACGAACGCGUCAGCUGUAUCGGAAAUGAGGGUCAGGCAUUACUGCCCAAGAGUUAGCUAUGGUCCUGCUUGCUACUUCCACAAAGGUUCCCUUUUCGAAAUCUCGGUCUACAUCAUGUUUUCCGACAAAUGCUUGUUCGAGAUGUUCGCUUGGGGUUACAAGAGGAAUAUGACCCUUCUGGACAUUCAAGAGUGGAAGUGGGAGGAGGGAACAUACUACGAAGACUUUACCAUGAAACGAGUAGAGUAUAGAGGGCCUUCGUAUAUGACAGACUUUGGUUACGAACCUGUGGACCAUGGAAUGUGGGUGCCUGAGUACGAUAUUUGGACGACUACUGAAGUGGACAAUAGUACUACGCCCACUCCGCCGCCUAUAAAUGUGAGCCGAAAACGACCUCGCAGACCAACGACGAGCACGAAGACAACGAAGAGAACUAAAAAGACACCCAAGCGAAAAACUAAAACGACUACAACUACAACUACGACCUCAACAACAACAACUCCAAGAAAAAAGGGAUAAAACAUAAACUUUCGCGAUUUGUACACACAUCGAUGGCGCAAUGGUCACCAUGCCGGACUGCCGAACCUGAGGUCCCGGGUUCCAUACCCGGUUUGGUCGACAUUUUAUGUGAUGAUGAUUUUACGAUUUGUUUUUUAUUUGUAUUCGUGUAUCUUUGGAUUCAGAAUUUCUUUCUCUAUCAAUAUUGUUACAAUAAAAAUCAACAGGAAGAGAAAAAUCUAAUCUUUAAUCUAUCUCUCCUGAAAUCUCUCUAAUCUAAUCGAUUUUUAAUUCUAAUUCAAUUUGUUUUUAAGACGAAGUAAUUGCACAAUAUUAAUGUGGAAUAAUUGU